AGAAGCUGGAGAUGAUAUAACUAAAUUUAUCAAAACAGCCUUAAUCAAUUUGAAAUAUUUGAUAAAUUAAGGACAAUCUAUAAAAUUUCCCAUGGAGGUCUUAGCAACAAGAUUCAUGUCCUAUCGGACCAUUUCGCUAUGUAACAAAUUGAGGACACCCAUGAUUAAAUUUAGAUAUGGUAUUUCUAGAGAUCAUAACAAUCCACCGGCGGCAACAUCUCCGGUCAAUUCUCAAGCUGCUGCAGGUAUUAAUCAACCCGGUCAAGUAAUUUAUGACUUUCAAAUUCCAGCUCGAUGGAGGAGGAAACCUUUAUCUGAGGAAGAAAUUGAUUAUAUUAAUAGAGGGGGUCCUGACAAACUAUAAAUAUACGGAACAUAAUCAAUUAUUGUAGUGUAAUAAUGCUUAGUUUCAGAAAAUAAAUUAUUCAGUAGUUUAA